AUGGAGGACCAUGAGGUCAUGCAAGAUCAGUAUGGGACAGCAGAGAUUGAUGUGCAUUUGAAGGCAGAAGGGCAGGGACAUAAGGACAAGAAGAAACUGAGAAAACACAAGUCCACGUUGGCUCAAGUGUGGCCGACUACUGGCUACAGAUUUGAAUGCAAGUUGUACAUUCCCAUGAGCUUCAGAAAAGAGAUGAACAGUGAAAUUGAAGAAUCAGGAAGGGCCAUACAGCAAGUCAGUGGACCCAGCUCCACUAUUGAAAUGGCACUGGGGGAGAAGGGAAGAUAUGAUUUAGUUGUUGCAAUUCAGUGUCUGAGGCAGGGCUCCAGAAGGGGCCUUCUAGAUACUGCAAGACCAGCACAAAUGAGUGAUAGUGUUGACACCUCUCAGAAGCAAGAGUUAUGGCGAGAGAAAUGGGAGAGAAACAACUUGCCAAGCAGAAGCCUCUCUCGGCGUUCCAUCAGCAAAGAGCGAUGGGUGGAGACAUUGGUGGUGGCUGAUACGAAGAUGAUUGAAUAUCAUGGAAGUGAGAAUGUGGAGUCCUAUAUCCUCACCAUCAUGAACAUGGUCACUGGGUUGUUCCAUAACCCAAGCAUUGGCAAUGCAAUACAUAUCGUCGUGGUUCGGCUCAUUCUACUUGAGGAAGAAGAGUUUAAGACAAACUGGGAUGAGAGUGAGUUGGAUGAAGCCAAGUGGGUUGAAAGUGAAUAUGCUAUGCAGGGAAAUCUAGUGGGAUCAUGUCACCCUCUGCCCUUCACCUACAGGUGUCAAACCAAAAGGAAAUCGUGGCAAGGAUUGAAAAUAGUUCAUCAUGCAGAGAAGACACUGUCCAGCUUCUGUAAGUGGCAAAAGAGCAUCAAUCCCAAGAGUGACCUCAACCCUGUUCAUCAUGAUGUGGCUGUCCUUCUUACCAGAAAAGACAUCUGUGCUGGUGUCAAUCGGCCCUGUGAGACCCUGGGUCUGUCUCACCUGUCUGGGAUGUGCCAGCCUCACCGGAGCUGUAACAUCAAUGAAGACUCUGGUCUCCCUCUGGCUUUUACGAUUGCCCAUGAACUCGGACACAGCUUUGGCAUCCAGCAUGAUGGGAGAGAAAACGACUGUGAGCCUGUGGGCAGGCACCCAUAUAUCAUGUCACGACAGCUCCAAUAUGACCCCACACCACUGACAUGGUCCAAGUGCAGCAAGGAUUACAUCACCCGCUUCUUGGACCGAGGCUGGGGUUUCUGUCUUGAUGAUAUACCCAAAAAGAAAGGCUUGAAAUCCAAGGUCAUUGCCCCCGGAGUGAUCUAUGAUGUUCACCACCAAUGCCAGCUUCAGUAUGGCCCCAAUGCUACCUUCUGCCAGGAAGUAGAAAAUGUUUGCCAGACACUGUGGUGUUCAGUGAAAGGCUUUUGUCGCUCCAAGCUGGAUGCUGCUGCAGACGGGACACGAUGUGGUGAGAAGAAGUGGUGUAUGGCUGGCAAGUGCAUCACUGUGGGGAAGAAACCAGAGAGCAUCCCUGGAGGCUGGGGCCGCUGGUCCCCCUGGUCCCACUGCUCCAGGACGUGCGGGGCCGGAGCCCAGAGUGCAGAGAGGCUCUGCAACAACCCUGAACCAAAGUUUGGAGGGAAAUACUGCACUGGAGAAAGAAAACGCUACCGUUUGUGUAAUGUCCACCCAUGUCGACCAGAUGCGCCCACAUUUCGGCAGAUGCAAUGCAGUGAAUUUGACACCGUUCCCUACAAGAAUCAAUUUUACCACUGGUUUCCAGUUUUCAACCCAGCACAUCCUUGUGAGCUCUACUGCCGACCCAUAGAUGGCCAGUUUUCGGAGAAAAUGCUGGAUGCUGUCAUUGAUGGUACCCCUUGCUUUGAAGGUGGCAACAGCAGAAAUGUCUGUAUUAAUGGCAUAUGUAAGGUAUUGGGUAUGUUUCCUUAAUCUCUAACUUUAUGAAAUCAUGAUUUUUACUAA